AUGAAGAUAGAAGCCUAUGCCACAGUCCUUGAUAGGAAUCCAAUCAUCCUAGGUCUCUCCUGGUUCAAAUGUUUCAAUCCAGUAAUCGAUUGGGUCACUGGAAAGAUGCGCUUUUGCUGGGAUCAACUUCUACGAGCAAUCAAGACCCUUGCUAGCAACAUCCCAGAGUACCUAAACACCUUCCUCUCUGUAUUCAACAAAAGCACAGCAGAACAAUUACCAGAAUGGAAACCCUGGGACCAUGCAAUCGAUUUGGAAGCCAACUUCAAACCUCAGCAAGGAAAGGUUUACCCGCUAUCACCAGCAAAGCUCAAGGAGUUAGACACCUUUAUUGAGGAAAACUUGCAGAAAGGAUAUAUUUGUCCAUCAAAGUCUCCUAUGGCAUCCCCAUUCUUCUUUGUCAAUAAGAAAUCAGGAGAUCUGCGACCAUGUCAGGACUACAGAAAACGCAAUGACGCCACCAUCAAGAAUGCCUAUCCAAUCCCAAGAGUAGAAGAUCUAUUGGAUCGUGUUGCCUCUGCCAAGCCAACUAUGUUUACCAAGCUUGAUUUGUGCGCAGGAUACAACAAUGUACAGAUCAAAGAAGGUGAUGAAUGGAAAGGAGCUUUUAUUACUCCACAAGGGUUAUUCAAGCCCACUGUCAUGUUCUUUGGAAUGAUAAACUCUCCGACAACUUUCCAAGCUAUGAUGGAUGGCAUCUUUGUGGAUCUGUUACUAGAAGGAUGGCUAGUGAUCUAUAUUGACGAUAUCCUCAUCUAUUCCACCAACCAUGCAGAACAUCAACAAUGCACUCAACAGGUCCUCCAGCGUCUGAAAGAAUCAGACCUGUUCCUCAAACCCAAGAAGUGCUUCUUUGACAUAUCAGAAGUCAAAUUUCUAGGGUUUAUUCCCUGA